AUGGAGCCAAAAGAAAAUAAGUUACCAUGUGGUAGUCAGACUAGCACUCCUACAAACACAACCUCUCCCAAUUCUCCAAAAGAUGAUUCUGUUGGUAGAUUGACUCGUCAAUCAUCCAUUCGAACACAGACUGAUAAGACUAUCCCUCUACGUAAGAUGAGCCAGGAAUUCGACGCGUUUUCUCAGAAAGUUGGUAUAACUUCCUUGGAAGAAGCAAAGCAUCACCUUCAAAACCUUGGUCCUGUACCUAAACUCCCCAAUCCCGCGGAAAUUGAAAUCCGCAAAUUGGUAGAGCAAGAGGAGAUUAAGAUCAUCCAAGAGGAGCACAAGUCCAUCAGACGUGAUUCUGUCAGCUUUUUGAAGCGUCGCACUUCUGAGCGCAAGACUAACCUCGCUACACCAACCCUGACGAUCACAACCGAAUGUUUCAGAAACUCUCCAGUGCUUUCUCCAGCAGUCUCUCCAGCACGCUCCCCAACGCCACCCGAUUCUGCUGUGACACGCAUAGAGUUGGCAGCGCCAAUCUUGGGUUCGAGUUCCACUGCGAAUUUGGUCGCCUCCUCUGAUACUCUUCAACUUGAUAAAGAGCAGACCGUUCCAGCCCGGGAUACACCUAUCAUAGCGUAUACUGGACCUUUUGGCAUUAGCAACCUUGUUCUGACUCCAAUUGAGCAAGAAAAUACCACCAGCCAAGGUCACGCAGAUGAGCAUGCUACUAAGAACGUUACGUCAUCUUCUAGUAGAUUAGCUACACCUGUAUUCCCUCCUCGUGUCUCCAGCAUGGCCCCACCUCCACCAACUGUCGUCGCUGGCUGGGUAAGUGACGGAUAUACUUCUAAUUACGGAACUCCACCAACUUCAGCUGCGCAGACAAUGGGAGCACACCCUUGGCAAGAUAAAACUGCUAGCUUUACAGUCACUCCUAUCGUCUCCUCUUCUGGCCAAUCGGACACUCAAAUGGAGCUUGAACACAAGAAAACCAAUCCUGAUGCCCUUAAUGCUGAUGGAGUCGAGAGUUCUGAUGGUACUAGCGGUGUGUCUCCGCAACAGUAA